UAAAAUUACGAAGCACAGACAAACAGAAGCACAUACACACAUUACGAAAAGGAUGGAGUCUGUCAAACCUGGAAAUGGCCGGGUCAACGAGGAGGACGUAACGCACCGUUCUGCCCCGCUGCAGGGGAAAAAAGCUGUUCCAAUGGAUAAUUCUAAUAAUCUAUAUGUGGAGCUAACGAGAGCCUUGACCUUUCUGCUCUCAAAGCCAGAGAGUCCCAAAGGCCUGCAUCUCUACAUGCAAGCUUUCCGAGAAAAUAAAACGGAGACUGUGAGACUGAUUAGGGUCAAACAGGCUCAGCACCUGCCCAUAAUACUGACAGCAUUUGUGGAGCAAACAGCCCAGCAUAUCAGCAGGCUCCUCGCUGAGAAGGAGCUCACUGAUGACACAGGGCAUGAGGAGAGAUCAAAGCUGGAAGAGGUGCAUGAAGGUCUCUGUUUCCUGGCAGCCAUCGCCCCGAGGGACUCCCGGGUGCAGGAGCUGAGAGCCUUGGUUUUGUUCCACCUGCGCAGGUUUGGAGAGAGUGCGGAGGCGUGCUCCCUUGCACUUCGAGGACAGCAUGUGCAGCCGGAUCCCGACGCGGAAGGAAACGGGGAAACCUUCCAGCAGAUGCCGCCAGAGAGGAGGGCCUGUCUUUUGGUCAGUAGGGCAGCCGCUAAUUUCUCUGCUAAGGGAAAAGGAGCUGAGACUUGCAGGGACCUGGGGGAGGCCUUUGGCGUCCACCCUGCGAGCGCCAGACAGCAGUUCCACAGGCUGCUUUCCCGCCAAGCCACGAGGGCGGUCGUGUGUACAGAGAUGAGGCAGGAGGCAGAACGGGGGCUGCUGCAGUACAGGGAGGCAGUGCUGGCACGGUCUGACCUGCGCUCUUCGCAGGGUGUCGAGCUGCUGGACCCCGUGAUCACCCAGCUGCAGGCCUUGUGUCACCUGGAGCCAAACGUAGGUGGGAGGGAGCUGUACGUGCGGUUAGCCGACUGCCUCCUGCUGCGUGGGGAAUUUAAGGAAACACUGUCCAUCUGCAGCCAGCUGAUUAGCGCCUCCUCCACCUGCCAGAGCUACCAGAAUACUGUGCAUGUGCUUCGGGGCUAUUCCUGCCUUCUCUCCGGGGACCAUCAGGGGGCGCUGGAGGACUUCCAGGCAGUAAUUGAACACAGCGCCCCCCAUCCUCCCAGUUGUGUGCGGGCUCUCUGUGGCCGCGGACUCCUGCGCAUGCUGGGUGGUUCCCACUACCUGACGGCCCUGGACUAUAUGACCGCCAGUCGGCUUCAACAUCAGGACACGGCUUUGGCAGUGCGGUGCCUUGUGCCCUGGAACUGCCGGGGCCUGCUGUGUACUGUGCUGCUGGAGCAAGGGCGUGCCAUUCUGGAGGGAGCAGGCAGCCAGAUGGUCUCAUGCAUGCCCACAUUACACUUAGAACGUCUGCAGAAUGAUCAACCACAAUCAGCGGAGGGCAAAGACAGCUGCUCCCCUACCAAAGAAGGGACCCUUCUGGGAGUUCAUGCCCUGGCCUUGCUGCUGAUGGAGCUGGAGCCCAGCACGGACGCUCCGCGAGUCCUGGCAGCGGAUGCCCUGUACAGCCUGCAGCGCCCGGAGGAAGCCCACCGCUUGUUGCUGUCUGCUGGGCAUGCGCAGGGCCGCCCGCCCCUGUUGGCCCGCUUGACCCUCCUGCAGCUGCACCGUGGCUUUCUGUACGACGCUAACCAGCUACUCAAGAAGCUGAUCCACUGUGGGGACACCAGCUGCUUACGCCCCCUGCUGGCUGUUGCAUCUCCAGAGGACCGGACCUUGCUGCAAAGACACUGCCAUGCGGCAGCCGAGCGCAUACUGGCAGCCCUGGGGAAAGAGCAGGAUAUCAGGGAAGCGAUAGCAUACCUGUCUAUUGCCAUCAUCUCCUCAGGUGGUGAGGCAACAGAUUCUUUGCUGGCCAGGGGGCGAUGCUAUGCCCGGAUGGGACAGCACAAGACCGCCAUCUUUGACUUCACGGCCAUUCUGCGAGAGCACACUGAGCAUGUGCAGGCUCGGUGUGGGAGGGGCUUCACAUACCUGAUGCUCAAGCAGCAGAAGGAAUGCCUGAGUGAUGUACUGGCAGCGCUCCAAGUCGACGUUGAUGCUGUCACUCAAGAGAUUCUGUUGCUGAAGGACAAGACCAGGAAACUUGUCUGUGAUUGGCUGCAUCAACACUGUAGGGCCAACCUCUCUGAGAUCGUUGGAGCCAAUCCGAUUCCUUGUGGGGAGCGACCUCUCCGGCAGGCCUUUCUUAUUGGAGGAAUCCUGAUGAAAACUGAAUGCCUAGAGCCCAGAGGGAACCUCUUGUACGUCGACAUAUUAAUCGCCAAAGGCGAUAUAAAGGCAGCAGGUACACACCUAUGCAAAAUCUUUGGCCAGGAGUCACAGGAACCUGAAGCCCAGGCCAGGUGGGGGGUGGUGGAGGUGUGGCGACGGAACUUCCGGGCCGCGGCCAGGGGGCUAAGCGUAAUGGCGGAGUCAGAGCCCGUCAUCCUGGACUUCCUGCUUGCGCUGGUCAGUGCGGCUCACAGGAAGCCUCUGGCCCAGGCCUCCGCCCAUGAAGCCAGCUACUUCUCAAUCUGUGGUCAGUGGCAGCGGGCGUUGGAGCUGCUCACUGUGGCGGUGCGAGCGUCCGGGGACGGCAGCCUGCUAUACUGGCGGCAGCGGGCCGCCUGCCUGGCGCGCCUCGGCCUCCACCAGCGUGCCACCUCUGACCUGGACUUAGUGGUGCGUGGCCACGGAGAGCGCGGGGACAAGAACCCCGAGUUGUGGGCGGAGGACCUGUGUCGCCGGGGGCGGAGCCUGCUGCUGAGCUCGCGUGAGGAGGCCGGCCUACGUGAUUUCGCCCAAGCGCUGGAGAUGCACGCGGAGCAGGCAUUGCGCUGCAUCGAGGACGGGCCCGGCACGGAGCACCUCGCAGACUGCUUUCUGCAGGAGGCCUUGCGGCGGGUGACGGAGCGGCAGCUGGGCCAUGCCUGGCGCCUGACGGAGAGCGGCCUGAUGGUGGACUCCUGUCACGCGGGGCUGCGGCGACUCAGGGCACGGAUCAAGCGAGAGGCUGCCGGCUCCUGCAUCGUCCACUAAUGGAUGGAGCCCCCUGCAGGGCGGCAAGAGAAAUUACAUCCCCCAGCACUGCCACAUUUAGAGAGGCCCACUGGAAGUUCUCCCAGCCAGUCCAGCCGUCUCUUUGGGUUGCCAAAGCGGGAACCCACGAAACCUACCAAGGGGGACUGAUUCAUCCCGGUCACUAGUCUUUGACACUGUUAUUUGGGGGAGUCAUAGGCUGAGAAGUUUUGGGUAUGCAAAUGGAUGGACAAAUGCGAACCAAUCACAAACCAAUCACAAACCAAUCAAGCAUUCACUGUAAAUAGGAUGGGAGGAAGCCAAGUUCGACUUUUUGAACUGGAAGAGCCCCCAGCCUCUCGCGAGACUGCAGUGACACACAGUACAGUGAUGCCUCAGGCAUUUAAUAUCAUAUGUAACAUCUAAGGCAUCCGUUACAUCUGCAAAGAAAUAUUUUUUGAGGAGAUGCAGGGUCAUUAUGAACAUGUGUGGAGUUGGACUCUUAGUGUCGGUGGGCAGGUUCUAGAAAUAAAGGUAUUCUCUUCUCAGAGUGGGUGACAGGCUGGGGCAUUGGUCAGCUUGGGUACUUCUGCCUGUUCUCUGGUCUCGUCAUAAAUCUGCCUUUUUGUCUGGCCACAGAGUUUUUGUUUUAGUCUUACUCAUCAACUGCCUUGUUAAAUAAGUGUGUACUAAUAUAGCGUGUACUUGUUGUUGCUACUCAGAAGAUCCAGCUUAGAUCCAGUAGGCUACCACCUACUAGGAGAACAGGGUUAGACUUAGCCGGUCUUCUGUUAUGUAUUUGAGUCAACUUACAUAUUUUUUUUCAUUCAUAGCUCUUAACAGUAUUUAAGAUUUGUGGGGUUUGAGCUAUGGCAUUGGUAAUCAUCCGGGUCAGGUUAUAUGCAAGAUGGUGACCAAAGUAUGUCUAGUGACAUGCAUACUGUUAUCAUACAUACAUACAGAGAGUACAUACUACCUUAAAGUAGCAGGCUCAAGUAGUAGGCUUCUGAGGAAAUUUAGUACCUACUGUGUAAGUAUGCAAUUUCAGACACAUGAUUAGGUCAUAUAUUUGAGGGUCAUUUACUGUGUAAUUUCACAAUAGGAAAAGCCAAACAAUAUGAAAAUAAAUUUCAUAUGUACUUUAAUAUUACACAAAAAAAUCAGCACAGAGCCAUAAAUCAUAAACAGCCUGUAUCUGUUUCCUGCCCUUUCACUCCAUAGCCUGUUCUGUGCAGCUUAAUUGUUUGAGGGACUGCACCCAAUGCCAGAGGAAGUCUUUUUAUUAUAUUUAAAAAAUUAAAAUGCUUUCAUCUGUAUCUGUUCUCACGCAUUCAUUAAAAUUAGCAUAUCCAGCAGAGCACGACAUAAUCCUGGGGAAGGCCCCAGUAAAAUGAAAAAACACAGCAAUACUACAAAUGGAAAUUCUCAAUAAAAGUUCA